AUGGCACUCACCCAGCUGGUUUUCUUCUUGGUCUUGCCUGUGCUCUUCGUCAAUCACUUGCUGUGGCAGAGCACCAUUGUGCUGAAUGGGUCCAGCACCCUUUACUCAAUGGCGAUGGUCAUGAAGCCCAUGCUCCACUGUCUGGUAUGUGUGGACAGCUAUAUGGCCGUGGUCCGACCCAUCGACUACUUACGGUAAAAGCACUUAACAUUUUGUCCUAAGACAUUCAAAAUAAAGAGCAGGACAGAAAUUUAGGUUUUUAGAUGUAGUUGUACACAAUGUUGGAAGGGUGAUUGGCUUAGUUUUAUUUUUGCAGCAGGGUUAGUAUUCCUUGACCUACAUUCCUGACUGUCUUGUUCCUUCUCAGGUUCAAGGGAAAUCAGCACAGAUGGGGAUGUUUGGGUGCUGCGUGGUGUAUUUACAUCCUCAUGGGUUCCAUUGUUAUAUUCAAGCGCUCUGCCGUCACAGCGUGUGUCGUGUUUUUCCCUGUUCUGGCUGUAGACACCUUCUGCUGCUUGUCUGUUCUCAAAAAUUUACAAAAAUCUCCACCAGGGGACAGAGAGAUGGUAGAACAGGCAAAAAAAGAGAAACUGAAGACUGAAAAAAGUGGGUGUCCAAGAGUGAGUACCAAAGAUGGAAAACAAGGGAACAGUAGAGAGAGGGAAGGAAGAAAGGAUAAAAAGGUGGUGGAAGUUUAUAGCAGUGAGCCAAGGGCAAAAAAAGAGAUGAAUUCCAUCAAGAGAAAAGCAUUCAAUACCAUCAUCAUCAUACAGGUGGUUUUAACACUCAACUACCUCCCAUUCAUCAUCACCUUUUGCAUGGAUGGAUUAGUUCCAGCCCAAAGACUGAAAUGUGAGUAUACCGCCUUAUCUUUAGCUGCUGCUGCUAGCUGUAGCUACCUGCAUCCUGUCCUCUAUCUGCACAGACUGGGCAGGCUGCGUGAAGUCAAAAAACAACUGGUCAGACACCUGUGUCAUUAA